GUAAGUUGCGUCAACUCGUCGCAUGAAAUUUCUAAAUCGAAUCAACCUUCGCAGGGGGCGAGCAGAGAGAAGGGCGACAACGAGCGAGAGGCAACACGGCUCGCGUAAAAGACAGCCUACGAUAUGGCAUUCAAACCAGCCUUGGCUGUCUUGCUUCUCACCGUCGGCUACGUCAGCGGUUUUGGCAAUGACCGCUUGCUGUUGCGGGACGUCUCGGCGCUGACUCUGCACACCGGCAGGAUGACAGCCGGCCGGCGCUCCGCCGCCGUGCCUCAACUGCGCUGCGUGGGUGGCUGCUCGUCGUUCACGCCAGACGUGGUGCAGUGCCUUAACCGCGGCCACGAUGGCGUCGACGUGCAGUGGGAGUGCAAGGCGGACAUGGACAGCUCGUACCGUUUUGGCAGCAUUUCCGUGAGCUGCGAGGGCUACGACUACCCGGACGACCCGUAUGUGCUGCGGGGUUCAUGCGGCCUCGAGUACUCGCUGGUGGGCGGUGGCGGCGGCGGCGGCGCAGGAACUGGAGGCUGGAGGUCCAACAACCCUUUGCCCGACGGCAAGGGCAACGGUUCGGGGGUGUUGAUCAUCCUGGUCCUGAUAGGAGUCGCUUUUGGGGUCUACAAGUUAUUCCUGAGCGGUGGUGGCACUGGAGGGCAAGGCGUUCCGUACCCGCCCGCCGAUGAUGUGCACCAGCAGCACGCGGCUGGGCUUGGUACCGGUCCUGCGUAUCCACCACCACCGCCACCCUACUCCUUCAAGGACCAGAACCCCAAUUCAGGCUCCACGGCAGGGUCAUCACCGCCACCGUCGUACGGCUGGGCCGCGCCGGGAGAGCCGCGCAUGCGCCGCCCGCCAGGCGCGGAACAAUCGGCCACGGGCCCCGGGUUCUGGUCGGGGAUGGGCGCGGGAGGCCUCAUGGGAUACCUGCUGGGCAGCCGAAAUUCGGGCCCGACGUACCACCAUCAGCCGGCGCAUAACCCGUCGUGGUUUGGGAGCAGUAGCAGCAGCAGCUCUCGCAGCGUACCCAACUUCAGUGGCGGAGGUGGCACGCGCCCCGCAUCGGGUUUUGGAGGCACGACCCGUCGCUGACUCGGCCCUGCUCACCGCCGGACCUCUGAUGCUGCGCACAUGAGUGGGAUGAUAAGUCCCGACGUCUGACUGUGAAGAAUGCUUUAUGAUUUUCUCUCUGUGGCGCACAGAGGCUUAGAUAAACAGCAACCAUCGCUUGGCAAUUACGAUACGCGCUACCAUGGAAACCAGAAUUGGCUCUCAUUGUUCAUCCUAGAAUGCAGCUCUGGGUCCCAGAGAGAUCUAUCUUUGGUAUCCAUUUUACAGGUUCCUGCAUAACCUCAUAGAAAACAUUUAUCAUCUUAAUACAUACAGGAACAGUAAGUCUUUUGUGGAAAAUAUACAUUAUUGCUUGUUAGGGUCUUCUCGACAAGACCAGGGGUUGCAUCCUUAGGUGAAGGGAUUUUGAAACAAAUAUAGAUUUUAUUAACUUGGUGUCAUCCAUGCUUUCUGUUGCACGUUUGUUUAUUUUUUCGGAAUUUAAAAUGUUUGCUUUUUCUUCCCAAUCACAUUCCAUCUGUUCUAUUUAAAGUCGUAAGAUUAAGAUUUUUUUUUUGUAACUCGGCAGUGUAACAUCACCCCAUGAUGAAGAGAAUUAACCUCUGGAAGUUGAUGUCACAGAACUACUUCUGAAGUUCACUAUCUAGUGGACAUGCUCUGCAAAAGAUGUUUGUCACGUGACAAUCCAUUUGGGUUUUUGAGGCAGAGCUUCUGUAAGCCAAAGCAAAUGUUUUUGUGGCCAUUGGUUACUUUACACUUGAGAAACCAGCUUUCCCAGGAUUUCUGUGGUGUCAACUCAGUGCCCUGACCACUCACCAAGCCAGAACCAAAUACCAGAUGGUGUGGUUUUGGCCGAUUUCGAAAAUCCCUUUGAGUCAACAUAUCUCUUGUGUUAACACAUUUGCAAAAUGACUAUAAAAUCCAGUUUAGAAAUGUGAUGAGAAUGUCUUAAGCUACAAAUGAUUUGUUAGUUUUUAAAGUGAUAUUUGUAAAUGAUAUAUUUUCUGUAAAUGUGAUUUAAAUAUAACGCGUCAUUGAAAACGUAUCUACUGAUGCACGGCAAACGUGUUGUCGGCGACUCUUUGUAUGGCUAUAUGGGGUUGUGUUGUCAUCUGUCCUGUCCAUGUAUUAAAAACAAUGACUUGGUAACAA